AUGGACCACGGAGCUAUUGACGAGGAGGACAACGACUUUGUUCAUGGAAAUUACACAUCGCGCAAGUUUAGUCCGAUGGAAGUUGAGACGGAACAGGAUUCCUUGGUUCGCGAAACGGCUGAUCUUUCGUCUUUGGGUCGAACGCCCCUCCACUUUCGCCAACAAAUGGCGGCUGCCCGGAACAACGCCUUUGCAAAUACUGACCAAGAAGGUGACUGUAUUUUCCUUGGAUUUUACUUUCUCCCUGCGGAAUUUCAUUCUUUUGUCCGUUUUGUUGGCCACCGUUUUGCUGCUCAUAAACGUAUUGAACAGCAGGCUGAGCAAGCGGUCAUGGACUUGAAACCUCCCCAUCAAGGGACCUUUGGUGGCAGUAGAAAUCCAGGGCAAUUUCAACAAGACGGCAAUAGCGACGUCAAUGACGACAAGCUUCCCAAAUCCAAUAUCAACAUGGAGGCACUCACGGCUCAGUAUGGCCAGUGGGAACCACCCAAUUUUGAAGGUCUCGCUGUACCCAAAUAUCAUCAUUACAACUACCAUGAUAUUCCCAAUGCAGAUCUUCUUGCCAAUGCUUGGCAAAAGAACAAAACAUAUGUCCAGUCUUUUCUCCAGCAGGCUCAAGCUUUGGUAGAACGCGUCAAAUUGGGAAUUUUUGCCGAGUACGGUUAUUCCGACAAUAAUAUUGCCGAGAGCAAAUUAGAGUCCUACCAUAGACGUCGGGAUGCCACGUUAGGCUUAAUUGUGGAUCAUUUCCGCGUGAUCAAUGAAGUUGCCGUUGAUGAAAAGACCAAAGAGCGUUUGUCGGGAAUUGCCUACCUGAACAAGAAUGCUUGGCAGGGCCUGAUCCGGAAACUGCUGCACGCAAUAAUAAUGCAUGACAAUUUCUAUGUUGUUGGCGUUGGACCUGCCAGUACUUAUCGCGGGAACAACUUUUUCCAGUCUCAAGUGAUGCAGUUUCAUUGGAUCAUGGAACCAGUCUUUUGCAAGCUGGGUGUGCGCCUGAUUUCACGCAAUAUGGGAAUGGACGCCUCAACGACAGUUUCAACUUUGGGCGGAGCCAACGUGUAUGGCGAAGCGGACAUUUUCUGGUACAUUUCCGACACCACAGCACGUCCACAUAGGGAAAGUUGUGGCCAAAUGGACUUGCUGCACAAGCAAGCAAUUUUGUCAGGCGAACGCAUGCCAAUCAUUCUGACUCCUGAGCCAGUGGUACUUAUGACUGAUACCAAUGGGAAGGCCUGGGUUGGGAACAUACAACCUGGUGUCAAUAUUUGCGGCAAAACACGUAUCUCGGAUGGCCACAUACGCUUGCCCCAAAAUCCGACUUGUCAAUAUGUGAACUGUGUACGAGAGGCACUGGAGAAGCACUUGUGCAAUCACUACAAAUCUGUAUGCUGGAUAGAAAGAAAGGGAUUUGUGCCGGAAGACAUGCAAGAACCCAAUGUUGGAUUUCAGCAAGAUUAUAUGGGUGUGCAAACGCAUCAAUUGGAGGGCAGAAAACUUGCAAUGCUAGUUUUGCGCGGCUUGGAAAGUGCGCUGAAGAUAUGGAAAUCUGAAACUGAUAGGGGCCUCUCCCCUUUGGACGAAAAGCAAUGGCAUGUUCAAGAUGUGUACGAAAGUCUUCGCGAAAGCGUUUGGACAUUGGAACAAAAACCAGGGAAGAGUGCAAAGGUGCCGGCUUGCGAAGAAUUCCUCAACGCAGUUGAUCCGAUGAUGUGUAACGCAGUUGAUCCGAUGAUGUGUCAUAUGGCGCUGCAUGCGUACUUGGAAUGGACACCGCUGGGAGACAACCAUGAGCUUUUGCAGGAGCUAUAUAGUGGCGUCGAUGUAGUACCCUUACAAUGGAAAACAGCAGAAGAACAGGUAAAUGUUCAUAUGAUAGCAAUUGCUGCCAAUGCUACUUCACUCAGCUCAGAAUCAGAUAAAGACAUCAUCAUCAGUGGAGACAAUCAGGACAAUGAUGACGAUGCCUGGAUAAAUAGCCAGUACGACCUGACAACUUCACACUCUGCAGAUGUUGACACUGAUACCGAUGAUGUAUUCCCGAGACAUUUGAUACCUGAUUGUGAAAUGCAGAUUGCGACCAGUAAAUGGACAGUGUACAAUGUUCCACUUGGCUAUUGCGACGGUUCGUCUCAGUCCCGCUGUAAUCGCGCUAUUGGAAAUCGUUGUCUACUUGCCAACUACAAUCACUACAAAGCUGGAAUUCUUGGGCAUGCAAAGAGCGGCUGGUUGGAAAUGCGCAUUCAAAUUCGAGAAGGUAUUAUACUUGCUCGAUUUGAUUGGUCGGUAGCCCUUCACAACGGGAGACGUCUUCGAUUGGAGGAUCUGCCGAGCGAUUUUGAGUUCGAUUUUUCGCUGAAAAUUGGCUCAGUCAUCUCAAAAUUUACAAAGUCCCGUGAAGAGUUUAUGGAGUGGGGAGUGGCUCUCACCAGUGACUUGGUUGUGUAUCCGUUGCUGGUUGACAAGAAGAUGUCUCAUGAGAUUGACGAAAGCGAAACGGUCUCAAUUGGGAUCAAAAUUUACAGCAGCGCUGGACUUGAUUGUAAGCUACUCUUAACGCAUAUAUACUAUGCAUGA